AUGCAGAAGAGCCAUUGGGAACAACUGGGGGCUAAACCCCAGAAUGAUACUGUGGCUGUAUCAGAUGGUACUGUAACCAAAGCUAAUGGCCUACAGGGAACAUUCCUGAGGGUCGCGACGGGGGCCAUGAAGACCACACCUACUGAGGCGCUAGAAAUAGCACUCAGUAUCCUGCCUUUGGACCUCAGAGUGAUUAGCUGUGCAAGCACAACAGCCUACAGACUACGGUGUGAACAGAAAUGGAAAUCGACAGGCCAAGGUCAUACCCAACUUGGCUUGAUUAAUGCAAAUCCCUUCACGGAAAAGUCCGACAGUAUUCAGAGAAAAUAUCAAAUUAACAAAGCCUUCAAAACUAGAAUAUCAUCCAGAGAGGAGUGGCUAGAUUCAAAACUUAAACCAGGACCCAAUGAGGAUUACUGGUUUACCGAUGCAUCUGGCUACAAUGAACGCUUUGGGGCGGCGAUCUAUCGAUUGAAGGAUGGCUGCGGGGGAAGCUUCCCCCUGGGCCAGCAUGCAACAGUCUUUCAAGCCGAGGUGUUAGGCAUAGCCAAGUGUGCCGAGCACCUGGUAGCAAAAGAGACGGAAGGGAUGAAAAUCUUCAUCUGCAGCUACAGCCAGGCGGCCAUAAAAGCACUGGAGAAAGCCACUACUAAUUUUAAAGUGGUGUGGGAGUGUAUGCAAGCACUUGCCACUUUAGGGGAGAGGAAUAAAGUCACCCUAACCUGGGAUCCGGGCCACCACGGAAUACAGGGUAACGAAGAGGCGGACUGGCAGGCCAGAAGAGGAACGGAAGGCGUUCCUCCGGAGGGUCUAAUCGGUAUGCCUUUCGCAGUAGGAAAAAAGAUCAUAAAAGAUCACCUACAGUGGGAAUUCGAAAAACGCUGGCGAACUAGCACAACCUGUAGACAGGCUAAACUGUUUAUGGGCAGUCAAAUAGAAGGACUAGAGAACUUCUGGCGCUGA